AUGGCUGUCACGUCAUCGGGGGCGAAAGUGAGGAGGGUGGAGCGCCAGCGUAAAACAGGACCUUCCAGACAAAUCUUCACAGCAGGUCAAGAAGUUCCCAGCGAUCCCACAAUCCUUAGCUUCAAACGUGCCGUCCGCAGGUUCCUACAAGACAACACACACAAUGAUAAGCUGAUCGGAUUGCACUGUACUCAUGGUCUCAAUAGGACAGACUACUUGGUCUGUAGGUAUCUGAUAGGUGUAGAUGGGAUGGAUCCUAAAGAGGCUGGAGAGUUGUUUAACUCUUCGCGGGCCCACUCCAUAGAGAGAGAGAACUACCUGAAAGACCUACAGACUGGGCCAAAGAGAAGUAACUAUGGGAUGGAGAAGUCGGAGCAGGAGCCAAUCAGAGGCUACUCUGGCAGUCGGCAUGACAAUAUUCCGGACGGUCCUGCCCACCACCAUGACAGACAUUAUGACAGGCAUUACGACCACAACCGCUCUGUGUAA